AUGGCGUUCAGCUUCGGUUUUUCGGGAGAUGACAUUGAUAUGGAUGACUCUGAUAUCAACAAUGGGGUACUGGAUGUGUUGCCUCCCAAGCACUCCGCCAAUUCUCUUCCCGAGUUGGUCAAGCCCAGCAAGCAUGAUAUUAACGAUUGGCUCUCAAUCUUCCCAUCACAAAUAUUCUACAACUGCCUCGCAAUCAGUGGCACACCCAUAGUCAUUGCUCGUCGAGAAAUCUUCGAUAUCCGCACCCAAUUGAUGGCCGAGGAUAACGAGAACUACGACAAUGCCGAGCUCAUCGCCGGCCUCGAAGAAGGCGAUCUCAAGCCAAACUUCUACGAAGGCGGCUUUAAGACGUGGGAAUGUGCUCUUGAUCUUGCCAAACUGGCUGCUGGGGAUCGUACGAUCGUUGGCUCAUUGGAUGACUCUCAGACGGAUGUUCAUGUUAUCGAGCUUGGUGCUGGUACUGCAGUACCGUCGAUGACUUUGUUCGCUCAUAUCCUCAGCCAGACUGAGACGGUGGAGGGUGCGGCCACGCGGCGGAACGCACGCUUCACCUUCGCGGAUUACAAUGAUGCUGUGCUUCGACUCGUUACACUACCCAACCUCCUCCUAACCUGGCACAAUAGUCGGCCACAGACUGCAGUCGAACCUGCCGUUAGCCAAGAAGCUCCUCGCGCUGAACAGGACGAAGAACUGGACAUCACGCCUGAAUUGGUAGACGAGUUCAGGCAAGACCUAGCCCGGCGUGGUAUCUCGAUCGAUUUCAUCUCUGGCGGCUGGUCUCCCGAAUUUGUCGACUUGGUUUUUUCCAACCCCAGCAGUGAGAAUUGCAAGACUUUGGUCCUUGCAAGUGAGACCAUCUACUCACCGGGCACACUGACGGCAUUCUCCGAGACUCUCUUGGCGCUGUUGCGCCGGUCUAGCACGCCUGCAUCUAAGACUCGGGCGUUGGUUGCAGCUAAGAAGGUUUACUUCGGAGUUGGAGGUGGAGUUGACGAGUUCCUCGCUGUGCUGAAGAGUGUCUGUGGAGAUGAAUUACAGGUCCAGGAGAAGUUGGACGUGCAGUCGGAAGGGGUCGGUCGGGUAGUGUUGGAGGUCACAUCGUCUGCCAAUGGCAUAUGA